AUGGAAACGACUCUGGGUGGAACAAUGAGACAUCACGCACUGCUGCUGCUCUGUGUUUUGUGCCUGAGCUCGGUGUUCGGUCAGGUCAGUUAUUCCGUCCCUGAAGAAAUGCCCAAAGGCUCCGUAGUUGGAAACAUAGCGCAAGAUUUAGGACUAGAUUUGAAAAGACUAAAAUCAGGAAAAGCGCGUGUAUAUACGGGAAACAAUGUCGAAUACAUCGGUCUGAAUAAAGACAGGGGAGUCCUGUUUAUCCAGGAGAGGAUAGACAGAGAGGCGCUCUGCGGAGAGACGACGCCUUGUGCUUUAGAUUUUCAGUUAAUUUUGGAAAAUCCGAUGGAAAUGUUUCGAAUUACAGUAGAAAUCACAGAUAUUAAUGACAAUUACCCGAAUUUCACAAAUGCAGAAAAACGAUUUGAGAUUAGCGAGUCUGCAGUAGUGGGAUCUAAAUUCAUAUUAGACAAAGCAAUUGAUUCGGAUAUUGGUGUAAAUAGUUUGGAAAAAUACCAGCUUACCCCUACUAACAAUUUUAUUUUAAAUUUAGAAAACGAAGCAGACGGUAGUAAAAAGGUAGAAAUGGUGUUGCAGACGGCUUUAGAUCGAGAAAAACAAGCCCAAAUCUCACUUCUUUUAACCGCCACAGACGGAGGGGAGCCGCCUUUGUCAGGAACAAUGCAGAUAUUCGUGACUGUGCUAGACGUGAAUGACAACGCGCCUGUAUUCUCUAGACCACUGUACAGAGCAAAAAUACUGGAGAACUCCCCUAAAGGCACAAGUAUAGUCAGAGUAAGUGCUUCAGAUAAAGACAUUGGCUCAAAUGGAAGAAUAACCUAUUCCAUGUCUACGAGCAAACCCCACCUAACAAGGUUAUUUACGGUGGUCAAAGAUUCAGGUGAUAUUAUUUUAAUUGGUGACCUAGACCAUGAAUUAUCCACAAAUUACCAGAUUGGAGUCGAAGCUACUGACAAUGGUGGUCUAUCUGAUUCUGCCAAAGUAAUUAUUGACUUAAUCGACGUGAAUGACAAUGCGCCAAACAUACACAUAGUGUCUAAAUCGGACUUUGUUUUAGAGGACUCACCUCCAGAGACAGUGAUAGCCAUGUUAAGUGUAAAUGAUCCUGACUCAGAGAACAGUGGGAAGGUAGAGUGCGUUCUAAACCAUUACAUUCCAUUUAAAAUAGAGUCCACUUCAAAUGGAUUUUAUUCUCUCGUCUCAGAGAUGCAUUUAGACAGAGAACAGACCAAUCAGCAUAAUAUCACAGUCACGUGUUCAGAUGAGGGCGUGCCCUCUCUCUCCAGCAGCGUUACUCUCACAUUACACAUCUCUGACGUGAAUGACAACGCGCCUGUCUUUGACAGGAGCUCGUAUGAGGCCUACAUUGUAGAAAACAACAGCCCGGGCCUCUCUAUAUUCACAGUGAAAGCCACAGACGCUGACUGGAACCAGAACGCGCGUGUCUCUUACAUACUGGAGGACUCCUCUGUUAAUGGAGUGCCAGUCUCCUCAUAUGUGUCCGUUAGUGCAGAUAGUGGAGUCAUCCAUGCAGUGCGCUCCUUUGACUACGAGCAGAUCAAGGAUUUCCAGUUGUGCGUCAAAGCGCAGGACGGAGGCUCUCCUCCUCUCAGCAGCAACGUGACUGUGAAAAUUCUGGUUCAGGACCAGAACGACAACGCCCCUCAGGUGCUGUACCCAGUCCAGACUGGGGGCUCUCUGGUGGCUGAGAUGGUGCCUCGUUCAGCAGAUGUGGGCUAUCUGGUCACUAAAGUGGUGGCUGUGGAUGUGGACUCUGGACAGAAUGCCUGGCUCUCCUAUAAACUGCAGAAAGCCGCAGACAGGGCGCUGUUUGAAGUGGGCUCACAGAAUGGAGAAAUAAGAACUAUUCGCCAAGUGACUGAUAAAGAUGCAGUGAAACAGAGACUGACUGUUAUAGUGGAGGACAACGGGCAGCCCUCUCGUUCAGCUACAGUCAUUGUUAACGUGGCGGUGGCGGACAGCUUUCCUGAAGUACUGUCUGAGUUCACUGACUUUACGCACGACAAGGAGUACAAUGACAACCUGACUUUUUACUUAGUGCUGGCUCUGGCUGUAGUCUCCUUUCUGUUCAUCACGUGUGUAGUGGUCAUUAUAUCAGUGAAAAUCUACAGAUGGAGACAGUCUCGCAUCCUGUAUCACUCCAAUCUGCCAGUGAUCCCAUAUUAUCCUCCACGUUACUCAGACACUCUGGGCACAGGGACACUCCCACACGUGUACAAUUAUGACACGUGCAGGACCACAGACUCCAGAAAGAGUGACUGUAAAUUUGGCAGAGCUGGUAGUCAGAACGUGCUGAUAAUGGAUCCCAGUUCAACAGGGACGAUGCAGCGGAUACAAAGUGAGAAGAGCAUCCUGGACGAACCAGAUUCUCCUCUAGAGGUUAGCGUCUUUCAUACUUUCCUUUCAAUGCAGUGUUGA